GGAUGGAAUUGUAUCUCGACACUUGCAACAGUACACUAUGGGAUUGUCAUUUCGGAAAUAUACGAGAACAAAGGUUUUUAAAAAGGUUUUACAGCCCAAACAACGACAACACCUGGAAAUGUGUAUGUAAUCUUUAUUAUUUCGGUUGAAGAAACCUAUAUUUAAGCUUAUGCUUUCAACUACUAAUAGAUAUGCUUCAUGUGCGCAUUUAUUCAACAUGUGGACGGCAUUUGUCGAACCAAUUGGGCAUUUCAUCAAGCAUCCAAUGGAUCCCUGUCACCUGAAAGUUGGACAAAGUUUGCUAACGAAGGUUGAGAAAACCUUCACCAUUUGUUUCUUUAGGGGUGCAGGCAGAAUUUCUCAACCAAGGGAUGUCAAACUUGAAAAGCAUCAAAUGAUUAAAUGAACGAAUGAAUAAAUGAAAAGUGAAAGGACAGUUACCCCAUAUAAAGUCAUUAUUUCACAGUUCACGUUUUUCUUUAGAAGCGUAGCAGAAUUGAAUUUUUUUACUGUUUUGGCACCAGUGCCUAUCGAUAGAUAUACCAGUAACAAAAGCAACGAUUUUGUCUCGUUCUUAAAGGCAAGCGAUAAAGUAAGAAUGAGUUAAGAGUAGUUUUUUGUUGGUGGCAGGUUUUAUUUGCUUGUGUAAUAUUUUUUAUUAUUGCGUUUUAUUUAUUGUCACGAAUCCUGGCAACGUUCUCCUCACUAUGCACUCUACCUUAAAUGUCAGCUGACUUUCGUAACUUCCUAAAUUAGUUGAGGAUGGGUGCCGUUUCCCUGGCGGACAACAAAGAUAUGGUCAUGUUUUGUUGACUUCUCACCCUUUCUUGAAGUUUCUUGAAAAAAGAAAUUUGCCAUUUUUGCUAAACAAUUGAAUAUUCCUCUCACCGGUAGGACGAUGGAUGCUGAAGGUGGAAAAUUCGAAUUACUUAUAACAACAGCUCUGACAAAUUUUCUCGAUGACAAGAAAUUAUUACUUGAAUAAGCUUGAGAAGUGUGAUUUUUUGCUCGAUUCGGGGAUGGAAAAUGACAGAUUUAUCCAGGUGUGAAACGAGAUGCAAGAGAAUAAUGUCUUGGUGCGGUUAAAAUUUGCAUCACAUGGGAGUGAAAAUUAGUCUCUAAUCGACCUUGAUUUAUGAUGCUUUUUCAACUUUUCUACUCAAGAAGUGCUUGAUGAACGUGCCCUGAAAUUAUAACAAGUCUUUUGGAAUAACAAACGUCUUUCCAGGAUCCCAUGACUGCGAGAAUCCCUAUAGUUGCUAUAGGAGCACUUAUUAUGGCAGGAUCAUUGAUCAAUUGUUUAAGCCAAGAUAAAUACCAUACAACACGGUGCCUUCGAGUUUGCGGCUUGAACGAACGGAAAACUUUGACAAAGUCAGCCCAGGCAUUUCAAUCUCUUUCCUGCUACCAUUGUCUAAGGAGGAGGAGAGAUGUCGGUGGACAUGUCUCUACAGUGGAGCGCCAUAAAAGAUCUAUUUUUGCCCGUGAUUGUGGGGACACGGCCAGUAACGGAACACUUUUACCGGAACAACAGUUAACAUCCAGCAGGCCAAAUGUAACCUUUGGACAAUACGAAAAAACAGUUAACUGGUAUGCAAAUGUGUCUUGGAAUCCAGUAAAAGAUCCCGAUGGCGUCUUAAAAGGCUACCUGGUUAAUUUAGGGUUCGGUUCCCGGCUAGGUAUACUUUGCUCUGUGUUGCCCAAGAACCAAACGUAUCUCAGCAUUAAUAUCUCUCAUUAUGGCUAUACUUACCCGGAAAAUAUUUAUCUAUUGAUUCAAAGCAUACCCUCCAAUGUGAGUGAUCAUGAGAUGGAAAGCUUUGUUAACGACGUAAGAAUACCAACGUCAACAUCGCCAUCAACACCACGAACAACAAUGGCAGAAACAACUGCAAAAACGACGGUAGAAACAUCAACAGCCGCUAAAGCACCAACAAGGGAGACAACAUCGAAAGGUGCGACCAAAACCAUCCAGUAUGUGUUCAUUUCCGUUGGCUUAGCGGCUACUGUUAUCCGGUUGGCAAUGAUGUCUUAUGUCUUACUUAGAAAGUUCCUUUUGUGGCGCAGCGGGGCAAAAGAUCAAGGAUCUGGAGAUGACGAGAAUAUGUUAGCUGAAAACAUAGGCUCGGAUUGAGUUCAGGCUGCUUGGAGCUCAUUAUUUGUGUAAAGAUUCGCAUUCGUUUCAGAGACUUUAAGGCUGGGAAAGGUUUUCUUUUUAAUUACCAGCGACAGAAUUAUCGUAAUUCACGAUUGCCAGUAUGUGCUUAAUCAAGCUGAGAAAAAAUGCAAAUGCGGAUAUUACAUGUGUUCUGUAAUUUAGCUCUUUUACCGGAAUGUCAGUCAAGGGUUUUUAGAGACAAAUGUCAUCAACUUUAAAAGUGGACUUGAAAGACUGCAUAAGGAAAGAGAAAUCUUGAUGUUUCUCAAUUAGAUAGACUCCAGGGAAAUAACUCGGUUCAACAGGCCUCUAUAGCAAUCGGAAGGACAUGAUAUUCUUUUCAUCCUUUAAUUAACGAUAAGAACAAGUCUGUAAGGACAUUUGCAGACUAUUUUCCUUUUGAGGACGAGGGCAAGAGGAUAUUGCGUUUUAACGCUGUUAUUGCAUUCGGUCUCUUUCGAAGAUUUACUGAAAAUCUGCCUGAUUAUUCCAUGUUUUUUCGUCGAAUUUAAUAGGGAAAGUCGUUGUAGUGUUCAUAAAGCAAUUACAAUUAUAUAUCUGCAGCCAUUAUCUGAAUAGGACUAAGUAUUGCCAUGAUAAAGCGAUGAGAUUAUAAAAGCUUUUAAUGUAGCACUCCCAAGGUAUGAGAUGCGAAAUUUUAUCGACUGUACCUUGUCUUGGCAAAGUCACCUUUCUGGAAAAGCCGAAACAUCUUGGUUUCCUGAAAAUCUCAAAGAGCAGUGGUAACGAAGUAUGGGUAUGGAGAGUGAAGUGUCGUUUCAUAAAUAAAAGUUUAAAAAGUUUGCAGCAUAAACAACAACAGCUGGAAAUGUAUAUGUUACCCUCAUUAUUUCGGUAAAAGAAACCUAUAUGUAAGCUUCGGCUUUCAACUACUAACAGAUAAGCUUUUGUUAACAUUAUCUGUGCAUUUAAUCAAGCAUCCAAUCGAUGCCCGUCACCUGAACAUUGGACAACCUUUGUUUGCGGGGUCGAGAAAACCUUCACCAUUUGUGUCUUUAAGGGUGCACGUAGUUAUUCCAACAUAGGGAUCUCAAACUUGGAACGAAAAGAGCAUUUGAUUAAUAAAUGAUUGAAGGAAUGAA